CUCAAACUAUGGACCUUGCGGGCCUUGGGCACGGUGUUGCGCCAUGCUCCCGAGAAGCCUCGGCAUGCUGCCCCAACUUCCAGGAAGAUGGCUGCGAAGGUUGGCCGGCGACACCGCUGUCUGCGAUUGGUCCUGCACCGCGACGGCACGACGCCUCGGUGCUGGCCGGGCGAUCGCGAUCAGCUCCGAUCGCCUGGAGGCGUUCAUGAAGGCGGAGCUGGACGUCUUCGCUGCUAGGAAGGAUCGGCCGCUGCAGCCCCUCAAGCUCCAGGACAUCCUUCGCGCGUCGUCCUCCCUGCCGCUUCUGGCCCAGCUCCUUCAUGUGGAGCUACCGGUGCGCUUCGCGCGGCGGAUCAAGCACCUCCAGCGCAUCCCAGGCUGGGAGCGCAUCCCGGAGCUGGUCGCGCUUCACGACAUGCACCUGGAGUCGUUCCGCGAGCUGCGGCUGGCCAGCCCCGAGGCGCUGGAGCACUUCGCACAGGUGGUGUCGCAGGUCCGCCUGCGCCACAGGACCAUCACCCGGCUCUUCGCCGAAGCCCUGCAGCGAGUGGACCGCUCCGCGGACGCCCACCUCGCGGAGUCGUCCCUCGGCGCGGCCGCUGGCCCAGUCGAAGAGGGCAGCGAGGCCCAGGUGCAGCGCAGGCACCUGGAGAGGUGGGCAGAGACCUUCCUGAACUCCCGGGUGUCCACCGAGAUCCAGAUGUCCCACUUCGUGGCGUGCAUCAAGGCGCAGUCUGGCCCGCAGGGCGGCGCGGACUCCCGCGUGGGCAUCGUCGACACCCGGCUCGACCUGAGAGACGUGUGCGCCCGGGCCGUUGCCGAGGUUCAGGGCGGCCCGUGGGAGUGCGCGGUGGCGGUGGAGCAUGUGGGCGAGGACUUCCACUUCUCGGGCGCCGGCCGCGGGCCCGGCGCGCAGGGGAUCGGCGUGACCGUGUGCGCGGGCGACCGCCAGGCGGUCCUGCGCGUGAGCGACCGGGGCGGGGGCGUGCCCUGCGACAUGGUCGACCGGAUGCUGUGGUUCACGGGCGGCUCGACAGCGCACGUGCCGAGCUCCCCAGACGGCGCGGACGACGACGCCGCCCAGGGCUCGCAGGACCGUCCCUGGGGCGUGUUCGGAGGCGAGAGCCCUCUGGCCGGCAGGGGGAUGGGCCUGCCCCUCAGCCGGGCCUACGCGAGGUACCUCAGCGGCUCGCUGCAGGUUGUGAACCUGCCGAACCUCGGGGUGGACGCCUUCCUGUCCGUCGACCGCAUCGAUUUCAAGGGCGCGGGGCCCGCGGCGUAGCCCAGCGCGCGGCGGUCCGACGCGCCUCGCCGCGCACGCGCGUGCGAGCGCUCCAGAGGAGGUGUGGGGGCGGCACGGGGG